AUGUUGAACGAGAAUGCGUUGGACGACGAAAUUGUUAUCGUUUUCAUGUGUAAAUCGAACAGUGCCCGUUCCGUUGUAGCUGAAUGUAUCGCAAGGAAGAAGUGGCAAGGGUGGGAGGGUACAAAGAAAAGUUUCUACUCAGCAGGAACUCAAAUCAAGAAGGAUUCUUCAUCAAGUACAGGCAUCAAAAUCGGCGUCACAAAGGCACUGGAGCGAGCAGGAUAUGACAUACUGGGGCUCCGCUCUAAGGGGAUAACGUCUUUGACCGAAGAGCUAGGGGAUCGGAGGAUCCACUAUGUUGUGACGAUGUGCUGCGAGGCCGAGGGAGAUCUCAAGUGCAACGUCACUGUACGAAGAGCGUUGGGGCUGGAGAGCGCCAACCCGUUGGUGCCCAAGCAUCUUAGCUUCCCGGAGAAGAAGAAGCUGCAAAUCCUUUCUACGACAGACUGA